GUUCCCCACGACCUUUUAGUAACUCCCUGCGCAGGUGAGAAGGGUCGGCCAAGAUGGCGGCCGCCAUCGCUGCGGUGGGCAGCGGCUGGGGCUGCUGAAGGCGCCGCCGGUCGAGAGACAACACCGAAAAGCGGCGCCAGGCGGAAACCGGCCGCCACGAUGCCCAAGUACUACGAGGAGAAAGAAAAGGAUUUCCGCGCGUGCGCAGGGGUGCGCGAGGACCUGAGGGCUUGCCUGCUGGAGAGCGACUGUGUCAUCCAGGUACAUACCCUCCAAGAUUUCUCCGAUGAAAUUAGGGACACCUUGGUCCAUAAAAACAAACAAACAAACAAACAAACAAUUAAUUUUAUUAUUUAUACCCCGCUUAUCUAACUGGGUUGCCCCAGCCACUCUGUGCAGCUAUAUAAAAACAUCACGACUUAAAAUGUCUUCUGAAGGUUGUGUAAUUACUUAUCUCCUUGGCUCUUGGGUUGUAUAACUGCAGGGCUUUUUUUCAGAGCGGGAACUCACCAGAAUUUAGUUCUGGCACCUCUCAGAUGGACACCGUUGACAUAAGAGAACAAGGGAGGUGUUCAUUGUGAGUUCUGGCAUUCCUUUUUCCCCAAAAGAAAGAAAGAAAGAAAGAAAGCACUGCAUAGCUCCAUACUCUCCAACAUUUCUCUGAUGGAAAUAGGGGCGUCCUAAGGAAAAGUGGGACAUUCUGGGAUCGAAUCAAAAACCAGGAAGGCAUCUGUAAAUCUAGGACUGUCCCUGGAAAAUAGGGGCACUUGGAGGGUCUGCAGGUAGAGAAUGGCUUCAGAGACUGGCCUACCGUUAGUUCAGAUGAGAUUGAGAAAAUAUGUUGUAAAACUCUUGUCGCCAGGGGAAAUACCCCAUUUCUUGCUGGCUUUCAAUGUGCUGUGAAGAAGACCUUUUCGUUCCACAAGGUUUCAUUUGGGUCUUGCUGAGCCCUACCUAGUUGCUUUUAAACACAUUUUCCUACUGUAGUCUCUUGUGUUCUUUUAAAUUGUUUGUUACUAUUGUUUUUAAUCAGGUGGCAACUUGCCUUGGGAAGAUUUUGUUUUUGAUACAACUUGUGUGCCUGCUGAACAAAUAUGCUCGCUGCUCACUUUAAUUUCUUUUAUGACAGGAAGGGAAAGGGCCCAAACUGUGCUUGAAGGAAGGCCAUUGCAAAGGAUUACUAGUUUCAUUUUUUGAAUGCAAAAGAUCAUUGGUGAGUAGGUGAAUUGUACUGCAGAUUGUGGUCACGUUUAAAAAUAUGUACCAUAGUACGUUACGUAUAAGACACAACUGAAAGAUUUUUAAUUGUUAUGGGUUUGUUGGGGGCCAAAUUCCCCUAAAUUCCUGGGUGUCAGAUCCUCUCCAUAAUUUCUGGAUGUAGUAAAAGUUGGAAUUAAUCAGAGUUUGGUUAAACUUUGCCAAAAACAGAAACCCCGUGGAUUUAGUUAUGCUAACAAGCCAAGGCAGCUCUGCAGAGCUACCUGGAUGGGCCAUGAGCAGGAGGCAAAGGCUGGUGAUGGCCCAUCAAGAAAACCAUCAGAGGGCAAGACUGCCAGGCAAUGGUAUUGGGACCCCUUCUCUGCUGGUUGCUGGGCAGAGGCAAAAGCCAGGUUUAGGGUUUCAGUUUUGAAUGACUAGGCUUUGGGGAGGUCCUUGGAGUUUUGCCCCUCCAUCUCACUGCCAACAGCCUCCAUGUGAGCUGGGGAUACGACAGGCUGUAGGAGACACAGAGGAUGGCUUUUGCUCACCUUUGAAUCCAGUGCUGCCCUUAAGGGGGAAUCCAGACCCUCGUAGGAUGUGAGUGCUCUGCAAUCCCUUCAUCUAGGUGCAAGUUGUAUAUAUGUGCAAAUAAAACCAUACAUUAAAAAAAAGCAGUCUCAGUUGUGCCUCAUUGUCCCAAAAGGGAACGCAGACCCAGGUAAGCACACCUGCAGCCCCUGGAAUAUUGCACCACUUGUGGAGAUUGGGGUGGUGUUGUAACAAUAUCAAUGAUGUUACAAAUUUGUUAUUGCUUGGAAGUGUUGCUUUGUUUUAUUUACAGUAGCAUUACUGUUCCACUGAUCAUGAAAGGUAACAGUUAAAAUAAAAGCCAUGGGAUAUUUAGUGUGACAGUUUAGGUAAAUAUUAGGUUUAAAUAUACGUACAGAAAUUUAUUGAGGAAAAGUUAACCAUAUUUUAAAACAAAUAAAAGAAGCAUGAUGUCCUGGCCCUCGCUGCCAGAAGAAUACAAACUCCCAGUUCUGUAUCUGCCAAAGAUUUUAACACAUGAAUCAAAAUGGUACAUAGGUAAGGCACAGGUUGAAGGUGCAGCAGGUACAUAAAAGGUAUAGACACAUGAUAACACUCAAGUUAAGACAUUGAUCCAACAACCAACAUGCCCCCUGUUUCUUCUUUUUGAAGAGCAGGGCCGGGACAGCUCACCAUAAAAGCCAGCCAGAGUCCAGGGACUGGGCAAGCAUCCAGGGACUCUUUUGAAUGGGUUGGGUGUGCAAUAUUUGUUUGCAUAGGUGCUGGCAUCUCCAUGUCCUUGGAGACAGGGUUGGCGUCAGCUCAGCAUCCAAUUUACUCUCAGUCAUCUGCCUAGGAGGUGGCAGCUCUACACUGACCGCUUAGUAACUUUUUAUUCUAUAAGCCAAAACAUUCUUGUAGUAGCUUGAACUUCUUGCCUGGCUGCUUGGGCUCAUAAUCCAAUGAUGUAAAUAAUUUCAUUGGACUGCAUUUGGAAUGUCUUAAUUGGAGGCUAGUUCAACACCAUGGGAAUUGAUCUGCACUGUCUGUCAAGUCUCUAUGCUAUAAAAAAAUUACCCAGAGUUUUGAAGCUGGGUGUUGUCAGUAGGUUGAAGACACUCAGCUGUUUAUUUAUUUCAGCGUCCAUGAGUGGUAGUCUUGGCCCUAAAUUCAGCAGUGUCUGGAUACUGUGGGAUAGUGGGUGAGGUUAAACAAAUAUAAGUUAAAUCCAGACAAGAUGGGGGUGAUGCUGGUGGGCAAAUCCAGUGCUUUUCGGAGAAUUGGUAUGUAUAUCUUCUUUGAGUACGCACUGCACUGAAGCCUCUUCAGAGCCUUAGAGUUCUGGAAAAACAGGUAGUGUCAGUGACAAGGUGUGCCUUUUAUCAAGUGCAUCUGUUGUGCAGCUGACCCAUUUUAGAGCAAGGAAACCUCACCAUGCUAACUUAUGCUUUCAUAAGUUUGAGGAUUGACUACUGUGAAUGUUUUAAUAUGGCACUUCACUUGAAGAUUGUUUGAAAACUGCAGCUGAUGCAUAUUGCCACAGCCUGUUGUUAUCUGAUGGAUAUGUGGGGACGGGAAUGAACAUAUCCAGUACAUGCUGCUGUUUUUCUAAGACUGUACCAGCUUGAAACAACACACAUUAUAUAUACCUCCCCUCUCUAUAAUCCCCGUUUCCAGUUAAGCUCUUUUUAUCAGCACCUGCUUUCUUCAUCUUCAUUAUAUGUGGUAAAAUUAUCAACAGCUAGGGAUCCUCAUAGUGUAGUUACCUCAAUUGCAGUGACUUUCUGAGGCUGGUGAGACUAGUUCCUACUUUCCUUAUGGCCUUAAAAGGGGAUACAAUGUGUGCUUAAUUGGGGUGGCUUUGGAGGGUGGCAUGAUGGUUGUCCAAUGGAAAUCCCUAUUUAUUAUUUUUCUUUUUUACUGCUGAGCUUAUUGCUUUCAUUGUGUUCAUUUUAUUUGGCGUGUUUUUAAUCGCAUUUUUAUGUUAAAUCUGGGAAUGAUGGCAUAUAACAAUUUAAAAUAAACUAAGGGUCAUAACUUUUUAAUGGUUCUGUCUCUUGUGCCUUUUUGUAAGGCACCAAUAAAACUAGUAGUUGUAGUAUUAGAGUGUUAACGGUUGUAAUAUAAAACUUGUUUCUUCUUAAAAGCUGGAUAACAGAGCAAGAUUCAGAGGAAGAAAGGGAUACUGAAGACUCUCCAUUACGAAGCAGCAAGCAGGGGCAAUCUUGGAUGCACUGACACCUUGAGAUUAAAGACUGGAAUAAAGAAAUUACCUACUGUAUUUCCCUAAACUCUGUUUCACUUCUAUGGAAAUUAUUUGUAUUCUAAGUACUGAAUGCCUGAAGCUGCUCAAUGCUAGAACUACUACAGUGAAAAUAAAAUCUGGCCAUUUGUGGUGAUCACAUUUUAAAUGAAAUAUAUUGCAUCUUCGUAAGCACUUUAGAGUCCUUCACCUGAAAUGCUUCAUUUUGAGAUUACUUCCUCUUGGGGUUCAAUGGUUGGAUAAGUUUUGUCUCCCAAAUUAUAAAGUAUUUUUGUACUAGCCUUUCUUUUUGGUAUUCUGCAGUGAUACAGAAGUUGUCAGCCAGCUUGUUCACGUAAAGGUUAACUAUUCUGAUCUAGGAAGGGAUAUCUAGGUGUGGAACCAGUGGGAUAACCAUGCUGCAAUGCAUUAUUACAAGGGGCUGCCUCUGAAAACAGUUUGGAAACUUCAAUUGGUGCAGAAUUCAGCAGCCAGGUUGCUCACUGGGGCAAGACUGUUUGAGCAUAUAAUACGAAUCCUGGCACAACAAAUUUAUUUCCGAGCCCAAUCCAAAGUGCUGGUUUUGACCUAUAAAACCUUAAACAACUCAGGACUCCCAGUAUGUCAAGGACUGCCUCUCCCUAUAUGAACCUACCAGACCUUGCAAUCCUCAUCUGAGGCCCUGCAUGUCUCACUUCCAGGAGAGGUCUAAAGGGUAGCAACAUGAGAACAGGCCUUUUCUGCAGUGCCUCCCCAUUUGUUGAAUGCUUUCCCCAGAGUAGCGAAAAUAUUCCUCUUCACCCAAGGCCUUUGACUGUUUAAACAGUCUAUGGCCUUUUAAAUGUGUUGGUGGUGGUUAUUGGGGUUUUAAUUUUUGUUACUAUGUUUUGUGUUUUUAUACUGUAAAUGGCCCUGUGAUCUUUGGAUGAAGGGUGGUGUAUAAAUUUAAUAAAUAAUGAUUAUGCUCAACCAAGCC